AGCAAAGUUAUGAAAGCUUAAAGCUCCAAGCGAAUCUAACAUUAAACUGUUCAACUUUAAGUUAUUUUAGUAGGGUGUGUUAGUUACUUAUUUUAGUAGGGUGUGUUAGUUACUUAUUUUAGCAGACAUUGAGAGCAAACUAAUAGCGUCAAUUCUCAAAUACUGUUAAAUGCACCCACUUAUUAGAUAAUAUCAUCAAUACUUCGAACGCGAUUCUAAAUUUAUUUUAUCAAAGCCAUAGCUCAAUAAUUUAAGCUCUUUAUUUUAAUAAAUGCGAUGGGACAAUGGCAACCCCAGAGCUACAUCCGAUACUCACGAACGGUGAGAAUUUUUAUUUACAAGCAAAUUGUAAUUAAAAUUGAAGAAAAAACAAAAACAAACAAUAACAGAGCAAACCCAGAAUAGAAAGUAGAAAUAAAUACAGGAGAUACAACAAUCGUUAUUAAUCAGUAGCGGUAGAACGAGUGGCAUCAGCUGCAAAAGCAUGUUUUGCACAGACAACAACGCGCAUUUGAUAGACACAACAAUCAGUUGAGUGCUGAACUUUGCUGAAGCUUGUAAACGUUAUUUUUUGCGGCAACAUAGAUAGCAAUAAAGUGCUUAAAAACAUACAUACAAAGCGAGACACUAAGAUAAAGCGCGACACUUUCAAGAAAUUAAAAUCAAUUUCAAUUUAACGAAAAAAUAUUACUCAAAAAACCCCCGCAAAGCACAAGCAAACAAUAUGGCCAGUCCACAGCUGAUCAACGAAUGGUUCGACUUUAUGUAUCCGCUUGCGCAGCGUGCUGGCGAAAUACUGCUCGAAGGUUACGCGGAGGCCGGCAAGCAGGUCAGCAUCAAGACGGCAUUUUACGAUGUGGUCACCGAUUAUGAUAAUAAAAUUGAAGAAUUUCUUAUCGAACAAGUAUUGGCACGCUAUCCGGAGCACAAGUUUAUCGGCGAAGAGGAUACAGCGAAAAAUAAUCAUGUGACAAAAGCGCUAACGGACGCACCAACUUGGAUCAUUGAUCCCAUCGAUGGCACAUCGAAUUUCAUCAAACAGAUACCGCAUGUGUGCAUCUCAAUCGGUUUGGCGGUAAAUAAGCAAAUCGUUUUGGGCAUCAUCAACAAUCCGGUGCAGCAGAAAAUGUACACAACAAAACUAGGUGGCGGCGCCUUUUGCAAUGGGAAGCCCAUACAUGUGAGCAAUAUUGCUAAAAUGAGCGAAGCGAAUGUGGCGUACGAGGUGUCAUUGUUGCAUGCGCAUAAAAUACGUAACAAGCAUAUAAAACGUAUAUAUCAUAUAGGCGCGCAAGCUAGAAGAUUACUCGCGUAUUCGUGUGUCGUGGAUUCCUUAUGCAUGGUAGCUGCCGGAAACUUGGAUGCUUUUCAUAUCGAAGACAUGUACCCAUGGGAUUGUGCUGCCGGUUAUUUGCUCAUACGCGAAGCCGGUGGCGUGGUAACACAUCCCUAUGGUGGACCAUUUGAAAUUAUGAAACCAGAUUUAAUAUGCGCUGGCACCGAGCCGUUGCGCAAAGAAAUGGAGGAGAUCAUAAGGAAAGCCGAUCAAGUGAAAACUGUUGGCGGCGAGGAGCUAUAAAGUUUAGUUGAACAUUGUAAAUGGGAAGAAACAGCAGUUUUACAGAAAUUCUAAUUGUUAUGUACUUCAAUAUUGUAAUUUUUUUUCAAAUAUUAUUUCUUUAUAUAAUUAAAUAAAUUUUUUUCAAACAAA